GUGUGACGUCACUUUGUGCGCCACAUCCAGUCCCGGGGCAGCGAUGGAGGCUACUCUGGGGUCCCCCGUGGAGGACCAAUUGGGGAACUUUGUGCGAAUUUUGGAGAAGAGAGAUGGCACGGUGUUACGACUGCAGCAGUAUGGCUCCGGCGGUGUGGGUUGCGUAGUUUGGGACGCUGCCAUUGUUCUUUCUAAAUACCUGGAAACGCCCGGGUUUUCUGGCGGGGGCGCCCACGCGCUGAGCCGGCGCUCGGUGCUGGAGCUGGGCGCGGGCACCGGGGCCGUGGGGCUCAUGGCCGCGACCCUCGGGGCAGAUGUUGUAGUCACGGAUCUUGAGGAAUUGCAAGACUUGCUGAAGAUGAAUAUUAAUAUGAACAAGCAUCUUGUCACUGGUUCUGUUCAAGCCAAGGUACUGAAAUGGGGGGAAGAAAUAGAAGACUUGCCUUCUCCGCCAGACUACAUACUGAUGGCUGACUGCAUAUACUAUGAAGAGUCUUUGGAGCCGCUGUUGAAAACUCUAAAAGAUCUCAGUGGAUCUGAGACUUGUAUUAUAUGUUGUUAUGAACAGCGAACAAUGGGGAAAAAUCCAGAAAUCGAGAAAAAAUAUUUUGAGCUCCUUCAACUAGACUUUGACUUUGAAAAAAUCCCUUUGGAAAAACAUGAUGAAGAAUAUCGAAGUGAAGAUAUUCAUAUUUUAUACAUCAGAAAGAAAAAAUCGAAAUUUCUGUCGUAAAAUCUUUAGUCAUCUUACCCAAGCCUCUAACAACCUGGGUAAGCUAAAGAUGUGAAUGGAGCAUGUGAAUAUAGCAUGGGAAGACUGUGUUCACAGGUUUUUCCAGAAUACCCUUAGAGGUCUGAUAUAUAGAUGACAACCAUCGUGAGCUGCCUGCAAAACAAAAAAAUGACUGCCGGUCUACCAGCCAGUGGGCCUGAAAUCCAACUUACUUUAUGCUUAAAAGAAACAUUGUGUAUUAGUCACUCCUCAGAUAAAAAUUGGUAUUGAGGUUAGCCUAAAGUCUGCCAAAAAUAAACAGUGAAGCAGCAUGGUUGACUUGGCUUAUUUUCCAGAAAUAGAUAAAUUGAUCCAUUUUCUAAAGAGAAAUAUAUAUGGCUAUGUAAUAAAGUUUAAAUUCAAAUCAGUAAAUUUUAGUUUGUCUUCAAGAUAGGUAAAUUUAAAAGUUUCAUUUUAACAUAAUUAUGCACUGGUUUUUAUCAUACGUAUCUUCCACUUUGUUGCUUUUACGAUAGCUUUAACACUUAAAUGUUCUUUUAUGUUAAAAACCACAAAAAUAUUUUGUGUAGUUACAUUGGCCAAAGUUGUAUUCUUUCCUCCGCGAUACAUGUCUACAUGAGUUAGAAAGUAAAUUAUACUGUAGUGAGUUGGUAAGAAUGAAAGAAGAUUAGGAGAGGGGAUGGGGUGAGAAUAAAUCCCAUUUUCAGCCUCGUGCAUUUAUGCGGCUCAUGUACUUUUUUCAUGUAUGUCUUCCAGGAAAAAGUGGCUAAAAAUCACUGGUGUUAACUUGUUUAUAUGAAACAGAAACGUGUUUAAAUAACUACAAAUGUAGUUCUAUAUACAUUUAGCAAAUGGUUUUGAUUCUGUGUAGUCUUUUUAUGUUAUCACCUGCUCACAGACUGAUCUGUCAAGUCUCAUCAGUUCCAAAGAGUAAUAGUAGAUGAUAGAAUUCUGGUGCUAGGUGGCACAUUUUAUGUGUUAAAAUAAAUAUUCUUUUUGAGA